AUGCCUAGAGACGAUUUGUCCAUCGACUUCGUCAAGAGGAUGCCUCAAGCCGAGCCCCUCGAUCCCGGCAUAAUCCUCGAAGACUGGAUCAAUCGAGUCCAGAACCUACCCGAAGAGAUCCAGUUUGUUCAAAACGAGGUUGCCGACAAAGACCGCCAAUACAACGAGUGCAUACGUAUCAUCGAGGAUCGCGACGGAAAGAUUCAAAAAUGGAUCAAGACCAAUGGAAGCCACGAGCCAAAUCCUAAGGAGGAGCUUCUUCGAUCACAAGUACGCGACAAUUAUGCCCGAGCCGAUCAGCUGUCACAGGAAAAGAUUGUUUUGCACCAGAAGAUGCAGCUUCUGAUGGACAAGCAUCUAAGGAAUUUGGACGUUCAAAUAAAACAGCUUUACGAUAGAGGCGAGCCUGGAUUUACCGAUCCAGACGAAGUCCCAUCAUUACUCCGACCAAGCGCGGCAAACCACACUGCCCCCUCGAUCCGCGCCAUCAAUCCAGCGAGCCACAUGACGACUACCGCCGGCCCAUCGACUCCUCUCGCCGCUGCGCAAACCUCUUCCAAUCCCGCACUCGCUCGGCUCCCGAACCACCCAAACGUCCGACAUACACAGGCUCAGCAACACGCUGCAUCCGCCCCUGCAACGCCUGCAGCCAGCAUCAUUUUGAACAGACAAAGAGAGGGUUCUGCGGGACCUGCAACUAAGCGCGCUCCACGUGUAAACCCAGGUCUGGGCAUUUUGCCGACUGCUUCGAGCGGCUUAGCAAGACAUUCUUCACUCGGUCCAGGCACCCCUAAGGGAGGUGUCGCCGGAGGAUCUGGUCUUGCAAGAGCAGGAAGUGCAGGCCCUAGAGCAAGCUCCGUGAAGUCGGCGGGGAUGGUAAGCGGACGUCGAGGCACACCAACCGGAGGAGCAAGAAAGAAAAUGCCCAACAAAUCCAAUCUGUCGCGAGUAAAGAAGGCUUCGAACCGAAACUCGCCUGCGGCAACGAAUGAUAGUGAACUUUCGGAUGUGGACAGCGGUAGCGGGGAAGAAGAAGAUGGUGCCGACGGUCGGUCAAGGGGCACGCCUGUUGCCGAUGGUAAAGACAUGGACGGCGAUGAUAUCGUAGGGGAUGCUGACGAAGACGAUGAAGAGGCUGGCGACGACAAGAAGUACUGCCUAUGCCAUAACGUUAGCUACGGCGACAUGGUUGCGUGCGACAACGAUAAUUGUCCGUAUGAGUGGUUUCACUGGUCAUGCGUUGGCCUCAAGAGCGAGCCCAACGGGACGUGGUAUUGCCCGGGCUUUGAAAACAUGGAAUUGAGUGCUACGACAGCAUUUGAGAACAAGAUGCUUUGGAAUAAGAUGGUGAGCAUCGGCGUUUAA